GAGGAUCCUGACAUCCGCCUUGUCCAGUUGGUCCGCUGCACUCCGACUGCUUCUGUCACUAUGACUCUGGUGAAGCGAAGUGUGGUUCUGCUGUGCGUGACGCUCAUGUUGGCGUCACUGUUCGUACAGCUGACCGAUGCCACAAGGCGGAAGCCCAACGAUCUCUUCAACGGGUCCAUCUUCGGGAAACGGAGUUCCUCAGAUUAUUACCUGCGCUGGAACCAGGCUUUAUGCCGGCUGGCAGUCGAUCCAAACUGUCAGUGGCUCCGCCGCGAAGAAGAGUCCCGCACUUGAUGGACCGACUACCGACACAGGGUUGCACAAUGUCGUAUUUCGUUCAAGUCGAUGGAGCGGGUUGUCAGAUGAUUCCAUUCGCGAUGGUUUCUUUUCUUUCACAUUGAAUUGAAGAUGGUUUCUUGCUUGAGGAAACGAGAGGGUAAUAAAGUUCUAUUACUUG